AUGACGCCUUGGGAUGGCUCAUUCCCCUUCUAUCCUAACGUGAACACGUACUUCCCCUUCGACACCACCCAAGCUGUCAUCAUCUCUGUCUUCUUCUCCGCUCUGGCCACUUGCAUCAUCAUCCUGCCAGGGAUCCGAGGCAGAGGGCGGUUCUUCUGGUUACUGCGUGGAAUAACAGGUCUCUUCAUUGGAGCUGUGGUCCUCACGAUACAGUUCACCAGAGACUGGGAGAAUGGCUGGGUGACAGCAAACACCUCCUACAAGUCCUUCAGCCGUGCUAUGGUGAAUGCAGACAUUGGGUUGCACAUUGGCCUGGCAGGGGUGAACAUCACGUUCGUGGGAAACCCAGUGAAUCAGGUCAACGAGACCAUCAACUACAACGAGCACUUUGCCUGGAGCUUCGAUGCAGAUUAUGACCGCAGCUACAGUGAAGGCCUGGAGAAGGGGCUGCCCAGUCCCAUCCUCUACGUGGCAGAGAAGUUCACCUCACAAAGCCCCUGUGGUGUGCACAACCCGUAUCGCAUCUCUGGCCGCUACGCAUCCCUCACACUGUGGAUGGCCUUUUGCACAUGGGUCCUUGCCACCUUGCUCUUCUCCAUGCCCAUUCUGCUCUAUGGUGGCUACAUGCUCCUGCUCACUGCAGCCCUGAUGCUCUUCUCAUUGUUCUUCCUCUUCACUGUGAGGAACACUCCGAAUUGUCCCAUCCAGUUUGGCCCAGCUUCCCUGAAAACAGCUUAUGGCGGAUCCUUUUGGCUGACUUUAACUACAGGGCUGCUGUGCCUCCUGCUGGGGCUGGGUGUCAUCGUCCUCAAUUCCGUGCAUCCGGAGAAGCUGAAACUUCUCUUCAACCUGGAUGACACGGAUGGAAAGGGAGAAGCAGCAGAAGGGUGGGAGAAGUCCCACUUGCCAACUGAUGCCAGCGCUUCUGAGCAAGAAAUGCUGACGGUCCCUUUGAGCGAACUUUGUGAGGUGACAGUCACCAAGCUCUAA